AUUCAACCUAAAAUUCUAAUUAGUGACUUUAAAAAAAAAAAUAUAACAAGAUAACUUGGUAAUGACAAUCAAUAGAAAUUUCAAUUUAGUAAUUAUUAUAAUAUCUAACCUUUACGAGCCCAAAAUCUUUCAAUCAGCAAGCUUACCCAAAAAAAAUUUCACAAAUAGAGAUAACUCUUCAAGGUAGUAUAAAAAUCUAAAGAGUCUUUCAAUAGAAACUCCAUAAAUUGAGCAAAAAAAACCAAAACUUAGAUCCUUCAUCGGAAUUUUAAUUAAGAAUAAAUUAAUCCAAAACUCUAAAUAGAAAGACUUGUCAAUCUAAUCUAGAGAAAAAAAUAUUAACUUAAAACAAGGUAUGAGAAACACUAGUGUAUAAAGUUAUCAAUAUACAUUACAAUAAGUAAGAGCCCCAAACCGUUCGUUACAAAGACUUAUAACUUAAUUUUUAUAUGGAAGAAUAAAAACUGCUCAAAUAAGAAACUCUAAAUUCUGUAAUUUUACCUCAUGUUAAUUAAUAUCAAAAUAAGAAUGA